UAAAAAAAAUUAUGUGAAUUAUUUUACAAACCUUUGGUUUUAUAUAAUUUUGUGUUUAAAUAUUUGUUUUAAAAGGACUGUUUCUUAGAAAACAUGGCUCUACCUGCAACUUCAGCGUUAUGCAGCAUAUUCACCUUAUUAAUUGCUGGUUCUCCCAUCUUCUAUAGUCCCACCCCGAGAGGCUUUUGUUCGAAUUGUUGUGAAAUCAAAGAAAGAGAUGACAUUAAGUUUAUGCUCUACACCAGGAAAAAUCCAUUUAAGGCACAGAAUCUCUAUUUGAGCGAUGACAAACGAUUGCGUAAAAGCAAUUUCAAUUUCAAUUAUCCUUUGGUCAUAUACUUGCAUGGUUUCUCCGAGUCGGCCACAGGCGAAAGGCAAAGCAGUCAAGAGAUCAAAGAUGCUUUUUUGAAAACCGGAAAUUACAAUGUCAUACUCAUCGAUUGGAGUGCAAUGACUGCAGUGCCCUGGUAUGCCAAUGCUGUGGAGAAUUUACCAGUUGCUGCUCGCUAUAUGGCCAGGUUUAUACGUUUCCUGGUGCAAAAGGGAUUUGCAGCGAAAAAUAUGCAUUUGAUUGGCUUUAGCUUGGGUGCUGAGGUCUCAGGCUUUAUAGGCAAACAGCUGCAGGAGUGGUCCAUAUUAUUGCCACGCAUAACAGGUCUUGAUCCCGCUUUACCACUUUUUGAGGAUGGCAGUGUAAAUCGCCGUUUGAGUCCCUCGGAUGCCCAAUUUGUUGAUAUUAUCCACACGGAUGGUGGCAUACUGGGAAAUCCCGAAGCUAUGGGUCAUGUGGAUUUCUAUCCCAAUGGUGGUCAUGCUCUGCAGCCAGGCUGUGCACGCCAGGAAAUUGCCAAUAAUCGUUGGUUAGGCAUUUUGAUAGGCUGCAGUCACCAACGUGCCUGGGAAUAUUUUAUUGAAUCUGUCCAUUACCCUAUGGCAUUUCCAGCCAACAGAUGUGAGCCAUCGAAAUUGUUUGGCACUUGCCGUGAUGGGGGCAAUGGCAAGGCAUUUAUGGGUUAUGGAGCCGACAAGAGAUUACGUGGCAAAUUUUUCCUGGACACAAAUGGGGAACCGCCCUAUGGCCGCAAUACUCUGGGAGGGCCAUCCGCCUAUAGGAAGGCAGCUUCUCUUACAUUGCUACCUUUGCAAUGGCAAUUGCAGCAGCAGCAACAACAGAAACAGCAACAAAAACAGCCAAACAACAAUGUGACAACACAAAGUGUCCAACAAAAUGACACUUUGAUAGAUGUCGUAGUGACAAUUUCAGCACCCAUACUAACAACGACAAAGGCACCAAAAACAACAACAACGACUACACUGUCUUCCGCAAAAGAAACGACAAAGGGCAAGAAUGUGGCUGCAACGGGGAUAGGGCCAAGUGAGCCUGUGAUUGGUGGCACCUCGGGAAGUGGCAGUAAAACUAAUCUAGCAAGGUGAUCACAUUUAUACGAGAGAAAAAUUCCUGCUGCAAGGCAAAUGCACUGAAACAACCAUAAAAAUGCACACACACACACACGCACUCAUACACUCACUACAGCAUCCCCAAUGAUAGUCAAGCCACGUAGAACACUAGCACACCUUCAUCUCAUUUAUGUUACUUGCAUACCCAUACAAAUAGAUAAACUUAAACCAUAAACUCUUACCUAAAUUGCUAUUUUACACGCAGAAAGAAAGAAGAUAUAAAGACAAUUUUCAAUUAAAAAAAAUAACUUAAUCAAAAUUUUAAAAAUUGUAAUUAUUUUAAGUUAUAAGAAAAUAUUUUUU